AUGCGUUACAUUGCUGCUUAUCUUCUUCUUCAAACCGGUGGGAAUGCUAGCCCCACCGCAGCCGACAUCACCAAACUUCUCAACACUGUUGGGAUUGAAGUUGACUCUGAGAGGCUCGACAAGUUCUUGUCUGAGGUUAAUGGAAAGAGCAUCGAUGAGCUGAUUGCUGAGGGAUCCUCCAAAUUGUCCUCAGUACGUGGAUAUUUCCUUAUUGAUUCUGUGCAAACAUCAUGA